AUGGCUCAAGCCAGUGGACAAGAUCCCACCCGGAUCUCAAUCCUCGGAGAACCCAACAUCAUUGUUGAUCAUGGGCUGUGGCUGAACUUUGUCGUCGAUGAUCUACUUCAGAAUAUCGCAACGUCAACCUACGUCCUUAUUACCGACACAAACCUCUUCAAUUCCUACGUUCCUGCCUUCCAAAGUCGCUUUGAACAUGCGUCUCGAGGAAAAGAUACAAGGCUUCUUACAUACACAAUUCCUCCCGGAGAGGCUUCUAAGAGCCGUGACACCAAGGCCGAAAUCGAAGACUGGAUGCUUUCCCAACAAUGCACUCGCGAUACCGUCAUUAUAGCCCUGGGUGGUGGUGUAAUGGGAGAUAUGAUCGGUUAUGUUGCAGCAACCUUCAUGCGUGGUGUCCGCUUUGUCCAAGUACCCACCACCUUGCUCGCCAUGGUCGACUCUUCCAUCGGUGGAAAGACUGCCAUUGACACACCAAUGGGCAAAAAUCUUGUCGGCGCUUUCUGGCAGCCAAAGCGUAUUUACAUCGACUUGACUUUCCUCGAGACUCUGCCGGUCCGUGAGUUCAUCAAUGGCAUGGCUGAAGUGAUUAAGACUGCCGCCAUUUGGAACGAGACUGAGUUCAGUGUCCUCGAGGAAUCAGCAGCCCACAUCCUUGAAUGUGUUCGUUCAAAAGGCGAGGGUCGACUUGUCCCCAUCAAAGAUGUGCUGAAGCGAAUUGUCAUCGGUUCUGCUGGUGUCAAAGCAGAGGUCGUGUCCAGUGAUGAACGAGAAGGCGGCCUUCGCAAUCUUCUCAACUUCGGUCACUCCAUUGGCCACGCUUUCGAAGCUAUUUUGACACCUCAACUUCUCCACGGCGAAGCUGUUGCCAUCGGCAUGGUGAAGGAAGCUGAGCUCGCCCGCUUUCUCGGUGUUCUGCGUCCGGGAGCUGUUGCAAGACUAGUCAAGUGCAUUGCCAGUUACGACCUCCCGACCUCCCUACAAGACAAGCGUGUCAUUAAAUUGACAGCUGGUAAGAAAUGCCCCGUUGACGUUCUGUUGGAAAAGAUGGGUGUUGAUAAGAAGAACGAUGGCAAGAAGAAGAAAAUCGUCCUGCUAUCUGCCAUUGGCAAGUGUCACGAGCCACGUGCCAGCGUUGUUGACGACAAGACAAUCCGAACCAUUCUAUCAUCGUCGGUUCAAGUGACACCUGGUGUCCCCAAGGACCUGGCGGUCACAGUUGCUCCGCCAGGCUCAAAAAGUAUCUCCAACCGAGCUCUGGUCUUAGCAGCUCUUGGUUCAGGAACUUGUCGUAUCAAGAACCUCCUUCAUUCGGACGACACCCAGUACAUGCUGUCAGCUAUUCACCAACUUGGCGGCGCAUCUUACUCCUGGCAAGAUGCUGGAGAGGUCCUGGUUGUGGAAGGUAAAGGUGGCAACCUGCAAGCUAGCAAAGAGCCUCUUUAUUUGGGAAAUGCCGGAACAGCAUCCCGUUUCUUGACCACUGUCGUGGCUCUGGCCUCUCCUGGGCAAGAUGCAACCACCAAUGUCUUGACCGGUAACGCGCGGAUGAAGGUUCGUCCUAUCGGUGCAUUGGUUGAUGCUCUGCGCUCAAACGGCCUUGAGAUUGAGUAUCUUGGCAAAGAGAACAGUCUGCCUCUGCGGAUAGAUGCCGCUGGUGGUUUCAAGGGAGGCGACAUCGAGCUUGCUGCAACCAUUUCCUCCCAGUAUGUCUCUUCCAUUCUCAUGGCCGCUCCUUAUGCGAAGAACCCUGUCACACUGCGUCUCGUAGGAGGCAAGCCAAUUUCUCAGCUUUACAUUGAUAUGACUAUUGCGAUGAUGGCGUCCUUCGGUAUUGACGUCGAGGUCUCCUCUAAAGAGCCCAAUACCUACCAUAUCCCCAAGGGUGCUUACAAGAACCCUCCCGAGUAUACGAUUGAGAGUGACGCAAGCUCAGCGACUUACCCUCUGGCGGUCGCCGCCAUCACUGGCACAAAGUGUACGAUUCCCAACAUUGGCUCGAAGUCUUUGCAGGGCGAUGCUCGUUUUGCCGUCGAUGUGUUGCGACCCAUGGGUUGCUUUGUCGAGCAAUCUGACUACUCUACAACUGUCACAGGACCAGCUCCUGGUCAACUCAAGGCUCUCGCCCAUGUUGACAUGGAACCCAUGACAGAUGCAUUCCUCACAGCAUCCGUCUUGGCUGCAGUGGCUUCUGGCACAACUCAAAUUACAGGCAUCGCGAAUCAGCGGGUCAAGGAAUGCAAUCGUAUUGCCGCCAUGAAAGACCAGCUGGCGAAGUUCGGUGUGCAAUGUAACGAGCUUGAAGACGGUAUUGAAGUGAUCGGAAAGGGCCAAGAUGGCGGUGUCUCGACACCAGAGGUCAGCAUCCAUUGCUACGACGACCACCGUGUUGCGAUGAGCUUCAGCGUUCUGGCUAUUACUUCACCAGGCCCCGUCAUUGUCACUGAAAGAGAAUGCGUCGGCAAGACAUGGCCUGGAUGGUGGGAUAUCCUGUCUCAAGUCUUCAAGGUUGACAUGGUUGGCCACGAGUCACAUGCUGACGCCCACGACGAAGAGAUUCAAGAGAAGACAUUGGAAAGCUCCGUUUUCAUCAUUGGUAUGAGAGGUGCUGGUAAAACUACUGCUGGUAACUGGAUGGCCAAGAUUCUUGGCUGGAAAUUCAUCGACUUGGACCAGGAGCUCGAGAGGAGAGCAGGGUGCACCAUCCCCGAAAUGAUCAGGGGUGACCGUGGGUGGGAUGGUUUCCGCGCUGACGAGCUGGCUCUUUUGCGAGACGUUAUGGAAAAGAACAAAACCGGGCACGUCUUUUCAUGCGGCGGUGGUCUUGUCGAAACCCCCGAGGCUAGAGAGCUGCUCAACAGCUACGGAGCAAAUGGCGGGCAUGUGCUGUUGGUUCAUCGUGACACCGACCAAGUGGUUGAGUAUCUCAACCGGGAUAAGACUCGGCCAGCUUACACAAGCGAGAUUCUACAAGUCUAUCUACGCCGCAAGGACUUUUACAACGAGUGCAGCACCCACCUGUACUACAGCCCGCACUCCGAGUCAUCUGGCCGUCAAAGCCACAUCCCUCAUGAUUUCCAGCAAUUCGUCCAUUCUAUCGCAGGCAAGACCACCCACUUCAAGGAUGUCUUGAACAAGGACCACAGCUUCUUUGUAUCUUUGACUGUGCCUGAUGUGGACCAAGCUGUCGAUCUUCUACCAGAGGUUGUGGUUGGCUCCGAUGCAGUCGAACUCCGAGUAGAUCUCCUCCAAGAUCGUUCAGUCGACUCCGUUAUUCGUCAAGUUUCGACUCUCCGAGCGUCCGCAAAGAAACCUAUUGUUUUCACUUUGCGAACCGAGUCGCAAGGUGGAAAGUUCCCUGACAGUGCUUACGAGGAGGGGCUCGAACUCUACCGCUUGGCCGUAAGGAUGGGAAUGGAGUACAUUGACGUUGAAAUGACUCUCCCAGACGAAAUCAUCAAGACUGUAACAGAGUCCCGUGGUUAUUCGCGCAUCAUUGCCUCGCAUCAUGACCCCAAGGGUACUAUGUCAUGGAAGAAUGCUUCUUGGAUUCAAUACUACAACCGUGCUUUACAAUACGGUGACAUUAUCAAACUUGUCGGUAUUGCUCGUACUCCUGAGGAUAACUUCGAUCUCGCCAGAUUCAAGGCCAGGAUGCAGGAAGCGCAGAAGACACCCAUGAUUUCCAUGAACAUGGGCAAAGCAGGCAAGUUGAGCCGUGUGCUCAACCGCUUCCUGACACCAGUAUCUCACCCAGCUCUUCCCUUCAAGGCUGCACCUGGACAAAUGUCUGCGGCUGAGAUUCGUCAAGCUCUGGCAUUACUGGGUGACUUGGAACCUCAUAACUUCUACUUGUUCGGAAAGCCAAUAUCAGCUUCACGAUCACCUGCUCUUCACAACACUCUAUUCAAGCAGACUGGUCUGCCUCAUCAGUAUCGCCGUCUUGAAACUGACAAUAUUGAGGACGUGCGUGAUGUUCUUAAGUCUCCUGAUUUUGGCGGCGCCUCAGUCACCAUUCCUCUCAAACUGGACAUCAUGGGCAAACUUGAUGAGCUUUCGGACGCAGCCCGCACCAUUGGAGCUGUGAACACCGUGGUACCAUUCGGUAAGCCCGACGAUAACGGGUGUCGACGUCUCCUGGGAGACAACACCGACUGGAGGGGCAUGGUCCACGCUCUCCGCCACGCUGGUAUUCAAGGACAAGACACAGACAACAAGGGCGCGGCCAUGGUGGUAGGCUCAGGGGGCACCACCCGAGCUGCUAUCUUUGCGCUUCACUCAUUAGGGUUCGGGCCAAUCUACAUUGCCGCUCGCAACCAGGAAAAGGCUGAUGCGAUUGCUGCGGAAUUCCCGAAGGAGUAUCAGCUUGAAGGUCUCAGCAAGGCUUCAGAUGCUGAGAAGGUGUCAGAAAACUUGAAGGUCGUCAUUAGCACUAUUCCCGCCGAUCGACCCAUUGACCCAACUCUGCAAGAGCUAGUUGGUGCUGUUCUCAGCAGGCCAGCUCCCGAUGGAGAACGUAGGGUUCUCCUCGAGAUGGCAUACAAGCCUAGCCAUACCCCAAUUAUGCAGCUGGCAGAUGAUGCAGGCAACUGGGCUACGAUUCCAGGGCUCGAGGUGCUUUCAUCUCAGGGCUGGUACCAGUUUGAGUUGUGGACAGGCAUUACCCCACUGUACAAGGACGCCCGCGCAGCUGUCCUAGGCGAGUAA